UCAUCUAUUAUCAUUGGGUAUAUCCAUUUUCUGUUUCACAUGAAUCAUUAGAUCUCAAUUUAUUUAUUUAUAUAUAUAUUUUUUUGAAAAUUACAGUUCAACAUCUUCACUCUCACACAGAUCUCAUUUCCUUUCCAAGUGGCUUUGAUUUUGCUUUCAUGGCCGGUUAAACUUCUCCCUCUCAAGCCUUUGCUCUCACACUACAUCUCUCUCUCUCUCUCUCUCUCCAAUCUAUGUCUCCUCUGCAUCACCAUUGUGUUUAUACAUACUACAAAGCCCACAACCACAAGUAGUCCCAUCUUCAAAAUCUUAGCAUUCACAUUACACCAAUCUCUCUACCUUUCUCUGUAAAAAUUUAAAUCUUUAUCUUCUUUGCAACACCAUUUCUGUGAUUCUUCAACAAAAAAUUCAAUCACAAUGACUUCACAAACACCCAAAUCCUCCAAACCCUCAAAAUCCCAAACCCAAUCCCCUUCAAGAUCAUCUUCUCUCUCCUCCCACCUUGCCAUGGUUGAGCUUAAGCAUAGAAUCCUCACUUCUCUCUCCAAACUCUCCGACAGAGACACCCACCAGAUCGCCAUCGAAGACCUCGACAAGAUCAUCCAAACCCUCUCUCCUGACGGCGUUUCGAUGCUCCUCAACUGCCUCUACGACGCCACCGCCGACCCCAAACCCGCCGUCAAGAAGGAAUCGCUCCGCCUCCUCGCCGCCCUCGCCGCCGCCCACGUCGAUUCCACGGCCACCCAUUUGACGAAAAUCAUUGCCCACAUUGUGAAGAGGCUCAAAGACUCUGAUUCGGGGGUUAGGGAUUCGUGUCGAGAUUCGAUUGGGGCGCUUUCGAAGCUGUAUUUGAAGGGUGAGGGCGAUAAUGGGGGUUUUGGGUCGGUUGUUUCGCUGUUUGUUAAGCCAUUGUUUGAGGCUAUGGGUGAGCAGAACAAGUGGGUUCAAGGUGGUUCGGCAAUUUGUAUGGCGAAGAUGGUGGAUUGUGCUUCGGACCCGCCUGUUGGUCCGUUUCAGAAGCUGUGUCCUAGGAUCUGCAAGUUGCUUAACAAUCCUAAUUUCUUAGCAAAGGCUGCUUUGUUGCCCGUGGUUUCGAGUUUGUCUCAGGUAGGGGCUAUUGCGCCACAAAGCUUGGAGCCAUUGCUGCAAAGCAUUCAUGAGUGCCUUGGAAGUACAGAUUGGGCAACACGUAAAGCUGCAGCUGAUACAUUAAGUGCUUUAGCGUUACAUUCAAGCAACUUGAUUGCAGAUGGAGCUACUUCCACGGUGACAGUGCUUGAGGCUUGCCGCUUUGACAAG